AUCUCAUCAUCGAGUGCUCUUUUUGCUUGUGUUUUUUCUUCAUCGCCGCGUCCAACAGCCUUUUGCGCGUUAAUGCCUCGUAAUGCUCGCCGCGAAUAAAUAGCCGGUGCUGCUAUCGUAGUUCUCCUCGCGCCUGCUUGCCUAGGGUAGCUGGAUUUUCAUUCCCCUCUUUUUUUGCAUGCAGCUUCAUUCGCUCUCAAGCUCCCUCGUUGGCGACUGGCGCGCGGCUGUUUGGGCUAAACGCUCCUCCUGCUCCGGCCUGUAUAUCGUUCGGCUCAACCGCUCUUUGACGCUGGACAUACGUUUCAGCCCGUAAGACGCUGCAGUUGUGGCUGUCUGCUGCUGCUUCGUGCUGCACAUCGCAUAGCACUACUGCCGCCAUUGCGGUGACUCCUGCUCCUCCACCACCACCACCACCAUCACCAUCAACCCUCGUAUGAUGGAUCCUCCCCCAUCUGGCUCGCUCACCGAGGCCCAGGCCUUUGGCCUCCUGACGGCGUACACCUUUGUCUACGUCCUCCCGCUAUACGCCUCCUCCAAGACGAGAGCGUCCCCAAACCGAUCUAGAGACGCCCCCGAGGCCAUCCGCGCCAGGAUCUUGACCGUCUCGCUAUCCACUACUGCAUGCUCUCUCGCCACUUUUUUCAUCCUGCCCUAUGUCUGCACCACCACCACCUCCAACAACAACAACACCACCACCAUCUCCGGCAAUGGCAGUGGCGGUACCUGCAUCCCGCUGCGUCUGAUGGGCUAUUGGCCGCCGGGCCUGGUCGAGACGCUCAAAACAUGCUUUCUGACGGGCGUGCUGUUUGCCGCGCCGCUAUACGAGUGCCUGCUUGUUGAUGGCGUCUGGAGAGAGUGGGCGAAUGGCCUCCAGCCUCUGCGGCAUGUCUGGGCUGAAUGGCCCGCCUGGCGAAACUACGUUGCUGGUCCCAUCACUGAAGAAUGUCUAUUCCGUGCUGCCGCCGUCCCGCUGCUGCUGAUGGCCGGUUCCAGCCUCAACAGAGUCAUCUUCCUGUCCCCCGUCGUCUUCGGCCUCGCCCACGUCCACCACUUUUACGAGUUCCGCGUCACGCACCCGGAAACGCCCCUCGUGGCCGCCGUUGCCCGCUCCGUCCUCCAGUUCACGUACACGUCCCUCUUUGGCGCUCUCGCAAACUUCCUCUUCCUGCGGACGGGGUCUCUGCUGGCCGUCGUUGUGGUCCACACGUUUUGCAAUUCCAUGGGCCUGCCUCGCGUCUGGGGCCUGGUUGAGCCGUACUGGCUGCCGCAGGCGGAUGCUUCGAAGCCGCGCCAUGCGCUUUUGUGGUCUGGCAUUUACUACGUGCUGCUCUUUGGGGGGGCGUUUGCUUGGUGGAAGAAUCUUUACACACUGACUGAGUCGCCGCUUGCUCUGGCGGAGUUCUAA